AUGGCAUCCAGAGGCAUCGAUGUCCAUCCUAAGGGCUACCACCCCUCCUCCCUUACCCGAACAAUUUUUGAUAUUAUCAUCAUCGGUGCAGGUCCUGUCGCCAACUUCGCCGAAAACCGUCUUGCACGGGCCGGACUUAGCGUUGCCGUGGUUCAACAUGAACUAUACGGCGGCGAGUGCCACUUCUUUGCAUGCGUUCCAUCCAAAGCACUUCUUCGGCCUGUUGAAGCUCUCGAAGCGGCAAAAGCAGUUGGCGGCACUCGAGAGGCAAUCGGCAAGAAAAAACUUGACGUUGAUGCUAUAUUCGAGAGAAGAGAUAGGAUCGUCGAUUCGUGGGAUGAUAACAACUGGAUUUCCAUUUCUAAUGGGCCUAGUGGCGCCACACUUGUACGUGGCUUUGCACGUAUUGCUGGCGUGAAGAAAGUUAGCAUUCAGCCGCAUGGCGAGGAGCAGAGAUAUCUUCUUGAUGCGAAUAUUGCAGUCAUUGUUGCAACGGGUUCUUCGCAUGUUGUGCCUUCGAUUCCGGGUAUCGAGAAUCUGGAAGAAGGGAAGGAACUAUGGAUCAACCGCGACGCAGUUGCCGCGAAUACGGUCCCUGAACACUUAAUUAUUCUCGGUGCCGGACCUGUAGGAUGUGAAAUGGCGACCUUUUAUUCUGCCGUUGGCUCUCAGGUGGUGCUGGUUUCAUCCACUGCGGAAAUCUUGCCUAAGAUUGAGCCGCAGGCCGCGAGUAUUGUGCGCGAGCCGCUGGAUACGGAUGCAACUCUGGCGGUUCCGGUAUCCGGAAGCACUGAAGAUUGGCUAUAUGCCGUUGGGGAUGUGAAUGGUCUUGCUCCCACUACUCACAUGGGUGUUUAUCAGGCACGCAUUGCCAGCAAUGCCAUUCUGUCCUCUGUCCAAAACAACCAACCGUCUAUCAAGAUCAAUCCUCCUAUUGGAUUUACUGUGACAGAAGCGAAGCGCUUCCAAAACACGUUUCCUCAGGUCAUCUUCACAGAACCUAACAUCAGUACUGUUGGUCACACUUUUGCUUCAGCUCAGGCCGCAGGCCUGAAAGUCAGGGCUAUAGACAGUGACUUCUCCAUUCCAGGAGCAUGGCUGUAUGGAGAUGGGCAGCCAGGCUGGGCUAGAUGGGUAAUUGAAGAAGAAACUGAUAGAUUGGUUGGUGCAACGUUCUGUUGCGUUGAGGGAUCUGAGUUUGUGAAUGCGAGUCAGGUGGCUAUUUCGCAAUGCCUUUCCUUGAGAGAAAUGGUACAUGUAGUCCCUCCAUUUCCUACCCGGGGUGAAAUCUGGUCUUACCUACUUAAUGCUGCUGGGUAUUAG